UGCCAAACAACCCAUGUACCUUUACGUCAUGUCCAGUUAAUACGAGAUGCAUUAUAGACGAUGGUUCAGCAAGAUGCGUACCAGACCUAAAUAUUGAUCCAAUAUGUGCAGGCGUGGCAUGCAAUCCAGGCGAAAAAUGUGCUAUAAUACUUG